GUCAGAUGUAGUUUUUGUCACCAAAGCAUGCAGCAGUACUAGUUGGAGCAUCAUGAGACCAAGGAAUACCACAAAUGAGCAAUGAAAUGCAAGAUCUGUGAGCUUGAAAUGCCUUUCAACAAUCUGCAGGAACACCUGAACACCUGUACAAGACGAACAGAGUGGUAUUGGGAGAGUAACAAAUACAUCAUGUACAAAGACCAGAACAAACACAAAGAUAUUUGUCAGAACAGUGGUCUGUCUUAUCAGAAGGAUAUGAACUUUCAAACGAGUGAAGCAUCCACUAAUGCAACAUUUAUUUGCCCCACUGGUAAUGGUGGCAAUCUUUGUCAGAAUUGCAAUAAGUAAUUCCCAGAUGAUCAGUACCCCCAACAUCUGAAUAAAUGCAGUGCAGCCCAUAAGCUGACAAAGGUUCUUGCUGGCCAGUCAACUUCAAAAUUCAGCAGUGGUCCACCACAGUCUUCUUCCUCCCUGGCUCCCUCUUCCUGCUCUGAGAAUGCAAUGGCAUGGAAAGAUGUCCGUCCCAAAAGGAAAGAAAGGGACCGCUCAUUGACCUCCAAAACCUUGCUUAAACCCUCAAAGGACAAAAAGAUUGGCUUUCCCUCUCCUACAACAGGCGGACUUUCCACAUCACCUCAAGCUCUUAAAGACGCACACUCUUUUGACAUGCUGGUGACCUGUGCCCAUUGCAACAUUCUUCUGCCACUUCCAACCCUUCAGAAGCAUGAGAUCAAAUGUCUACGUUUGACAUCUUUGAAAAAUUCUAGGAUGAAACAAAAAUCAAGCCAUGGAGAAACAGAUAUCAUCCUGAACAAUAUGUAUAAAGAAUCCGCCGUGGAGGACUUGCCUGUAGUGACUGUCUUGUGGGGAACCUUAGCCUCUUUUGCCAGCAAAGCCAAAGCGAAGUUUGGCUCUGUCCGACCCGGGGCAGCGGGGUGGGCUGCUGUGCGCAGCCGGCCCCUGCCUGGCGGUGUGUCCGUCCCCCAGGGUCUGCUCGCCGGCUGCUUGGGCAGGUGA